AUGGAAUUGCUGUUGAAGCCAAUAAAACUAAAUAAAAAAGCAGUUGUGAGCGUAAGCGCAAAUGUCGGCCUUGUGGCUUGUCAGCCUAGCGUAACCAAACCCUCGGAAUCCGUCGACACUACACAUAGUCAUAAUAUUAAAACCAAUAACGAGAACGUAUCCUCAAAUUGUAGUCUAUCCUCCGCAUCAGCCACUGCCAAAUCGAGCUGCCAGCAAACUUCGAUAUACGAUAAAUCAAAACAUCUACAACAACAACGAGUAUCGUCUAAACAACAAUCACAACAACAAACUGGAACUAAAGCCCACACACGUUAUCAGGGUGUACAUCCCCAUUUUCAUCACCACACCACACCCGCCUACUAUACUGAUGUCAAUCUACACAUUCACACCCCAAAGGCCAAUGAUGUUGCCGCCUUAAAUGAGAAUUACCAAAGUGUCUAUAGUACACCAUCACAGUUGGUCAAUGAGCAUUACUUUCCGAAGACCAGCACCGCUACAGUAGUGCCACCGCCAAUUGGGACAGGUACAGCAGCUAUUGGCAGAGCCAAUACUACAUCGCCCACAUCAGUUGCUAAGCGGGAUCGUGAACGCAUUUUCUCGCCGGAUAGCGCGAUCAGCAGCCAAACCAAAAGCAAUAGCGCAUCUGUUGCACGUGCAGCUUUUUUUCGUGGCGGCUCUGCGGGCAGCAGCGUCAACAGCGGCGAAAGAAGAAACUGCGAAACUUCUGUAAAGUCGUCGCCAGCAUUUGGGCGCCCUGCAAAGAAAGGUGAAUUUAACGAUAACGAACAAUCAUACACACCAUACGAUACGAUCAGUGGUAGUACUAGUUUUGUUGUUGAUACACAAAGUAGUGAAUGUAGUAAAAGUAAUAAUGAUAAUAAUAAUCAAUUAGACAACACGAUAGAUACAUAUAAAACACAACACAAUAGCAACAAUAACAUACCCAUAACGUCCCCCACAUCGGCAGGCAAUACAUCGCCGUCGGCAUCUGUAUCAGCAUCCGCCUCGGCUUCGGCUUCUGCUUCGGCUUCCGGUCGCAGUCGUCACACAAAUCGUUUCGCUGGUAAAAAACGCGCAGUGCGCGUGCGCAGCGAGAGUCGACCGAUCAGCGCGCUCUAUGACAUAAUAUGCAAGGAGAAGGGGCUGGAUAUUGGUACCAGCACAACCAACGACGAGGACUCAUCAUCGGCACGAUCAAACGACGACGAAAGUCGAAGCGCUCACAACAAGCGCAGCAAUAGCAGUAAAGAACAUAGCCGCCAACGCAGCAUCAGUAGAAAUAGUAAUAGAAAAAAUAGUAACGAUUAUACAGAGAUCUCAAAUUGUCUGACUGCUUUCGUCGCGAAUUCAUUGUCCAGCAACUUGGGUGGACACAAUAUGGAGAAUGAAGCGAAAGUUGUUUCAGUGACUGGUGACCCAACAAAAUCACCGUAUGACCGCUCGAAACGCGCGCACAAGUCACGUACACCGAACAGUCAAAAGUCCGGCUCCAAGAAGCGCAAAGACUUGGGUAAAACCAAAGCCGCCGCCGCAGCCACAGCGGCCACUGUUGUCAUGCGCAGUGCAAGCGAUGAGGAGGAGCUAAACGGCGACACCAGCGAAGAUUCAAACGAGCGACGCGCACACGAUGUACUCUCGCCACGCUCAAAAUAUCGCGCAGACUAUAGCCGCACAAUGAAUGGCACGGAGAAGGCGUCCUCCCUACCGCCACGCCUACAUGGCACGGCGCGCAACGGCAAACAAGCGUCACAUCAACAGAAGUCAGCCUGUUACGCCAAUGCCGCCGAUUCGAAUACAUAUCCGAUUAUGAAGAAGUGUCCACUUCAUUGCGAAUCAUCUGAAUCAUCAAGCGCCGCUCAUCGUUCGGCUCAUUAUUAUCCACUCGAUUAUCAUCAAUCCACAUUGCCAUCACCACCACCACCAAACCUGUCAUCCGGUCCAUGUAGUAGUAUACGCUCGCCCAACAACGCCACCGCAACAGGCGAUGACGAUAGUCUCAUGGUAGUUAAUAGCCUCGGCUACUCCCCAGACAAGUUGUACUUUGAGCCUGUAAAUCUGAAUCUUAGCGGUAUUUCAUCCAGCACAGCUAGUGGUAAAAAUGCGAAUAGUAGUAGCAGUGGCGUAGUUGUUGAGCAAACGUCCAGCAAUAGUACGGCGCGAAGCCAGCAGCAACGCAUUAGUCGGGCUCAGCAGCGACGACUGCGUGAAGAAAUGCGUCGUCAUACGGAUCUACCGCAACUGGACUCGCUCUCGCCGACCACGCUAAGUAGUCAAUUGGAGCAAGUGGAGAGAGCGCUAAGCGAAGAUGAAGGUGUUGCGGGCAUCAAGCAGCUCAAGAGUCGCGGAAACAAGGCGAGAAGAUUUAUAAAUCGCCCCAGCCGUACACCAUCACGUGGUCGCACCGGCAAUAGUGUCAACGGUUCACCGCAUCCAGUACGCCGCAACACACGACACAGUGAGAGUUCAUCGUCACCAUCAUCGCCAGUGCCCGCGCGUCGCACGGCAACAACCGCAAACGACAACAAUCUAAGUAGCCCAGUUGCGCCACCACCACCCACCACCACCAUAGUUCAAUCAAUAGCCGGUAUUACAAUCGAGGAUGUAGGAGGCUCUGCCUCGUCGUCCGAUCACAUUACACAUAUAAAAUUAUCACCACUACAAAUAAUGACCAAUUCAGCGACGCCGGCUACUGAGCUCCGUCCGCCAGCAAAUGGCAGCGCCGCGCUGGACGAGGGCGAGGCACAUCCCGCUGGGACCGAAAUGCAUGACGACGAGAAUGAGGAAGCCGGCACUGCCAAUAUUGGCGUCCAGGUGGCCAAUUCAGCUGCAAACGCCUUGCACCAACGCAAAUACGAAGCUCAUACUCAUAAAACCCCCUCUAAUACUAUCACACGACCUAUCACCAAAAAACAUGCAACAACAAUAAUAGCAACUGCAAAUGCCAUAAUUUCAAAUAAAUCGCCAACGCCAUUAAAUCAACAUAGUAGCCAACAACUACAACAGCACCGGCUGCACCAACCCAACAAUAAUAAAAGCCACAAUCGUAGUAGCAGCAGUCCCGCCAGCACUAAUAACAACAACAAUAGCCAUAAUAACAGUAACAACAGUUAUGCCAUGCCAACUGAAACAUUUCUGCUUAAGCAAAAAGCCGCUAUGCUUGCUGGCGGUGGCCCUAACACACACGCAACUGUUUGCGUGAAAAAGAAGCCAUUAUCACUGCUACAAAUCAUACCUAUACCGUCGACUAUGGCAACAGCAACAACGGCACAUCAGCUAAGUCACCAACACAAUGCAACGCCACAAACGCGCAGCAGACAGGAAUCCACAGGAUAUAUCACACAAUUGCCACAACGACGGCAAAGUCCACUUUUAGGCGCGCCACCAUCACCAUUCUCGCUGGCACGCUCACCGUUAUCGCCAUGCUCGCCACCGCAUUAUGUGCGGCCAACGAAAGCGUCGCGCUUGAGAGCAGCUGCCUUGGAUAAGAAAAAGUAUGAAGACGAGAUAGCUCAGAGACCACGCUCCCCAUGCUAUGGCUCUCCCAGCUCACCACGUAUAGCUGUAUCGCCGAAACAUCAGUCGCCACGUCUCUCUACCAGUUCAUCCUCUGAUCAUCCACGUGGCCCAACGGCCGGUUCCGAAUCGGAUACGAAACUAAAUCAGGACACUUCACCUACGACAAUUGGCAAGCUGGAAGCAACAGCAUCACCUACAACAAUUGAAAGUUUGCAAACAACGACAUCUACAUCAUCAUCCAUUGACUACCCAACGUCGACUACCACCAAGAAGCUUGUACCCUCCGUUUCGGUAUCGGUCAAGCAAAACCUCAGCGAAUUGCACUACAAUGGUGACAUCAAUGCCAUUGGCAGUCCAAAGAAAGCUGCAGUUUCGAAACUGAAGAAACCACGUUCUACCGCCACACCAUCCCCAUCAACUGAGUGUACUGCCAAAUUUACCCGCACAGCUGGUCGCCUGUCUACCGCCGAGGAUACUGAUUCGCAUUUGAUAUUAAAGGCCGGAAAAACUCUGACACGUCCACGCACAUCCACCAUGAAAUCUGGCAAAACGAAGUCGGCCAAUGAUUUGAAACCCGAUAGUUGUGAAAAUUCACCCAGCAAGCUAGAAUUGAGUCCGGUGAUGAGUGCAACUCCUGGCAGCCCCAUGGAGGAUCGCGAUAAAUCAUCGAAACGUAAAUCGAAUUUGAAUCGCUCACUCAAUGAUGAGGCCACCGUCGAUAGUGAUGACUCCUUGGCGGCACGUCGGCGUCGACGUCGUGAACUUGGCUUGGUUCGGCAACUUGUACCAGCAGAUGACUUGGUUUUGCGCGAGAUGUUAUUGCCACAUCAGAAUAAAUUGGAAAAUGCUACUGACAAGAGUGCUGCCACAUCUCCUUCCGCCUCCGGCAAGUCAUCACAAACUGAACUCGCUUAUCACAUGGAAAUGGCGCGUCGCGGUUGGGAUCUAGGUAAUCCGAGCGUAAGCAAUCGUGCGCGUUCUGAAACGGCAAGUUCAAAAUAUGACCUCAAUUCGCGUGAGACAGAAAAGAAAGAAAAGCCGAGCAGCAUGCGGCUGGCCCGCCGCAGCGAUACACUACACCUCGGAGAGUUGCGUAAAUUGCGUUCGAACGAUGUUAACCGCAAGAUGAAUGAGCGCACGAAGAGUGACUUGGCCGAAAUAAAGAAGAUUGCUGAGCAGGCCAAUGUCGAAAUGGCCACGAUGGCCACGGGUAUUGCAAAGGAAUUGGCCGAGAAAGCUGUGCUGAACGCCGAUUACGAGUGCGAAGUCGGCAAAGCGGCAGAACACAAUGAGUGCGUCGUAGAAUUAGCUAUGCCUGAGCGUUACGGCAUGGGGAGUUGCGUAAAAGUCUCACCAACGCCACCACCCGCACCAUCGUUCACCGAAUUGGAGGUGGCAGCCGAUGAAAAAGAAGCCGGUACAGCACCAGCUAAACAUGCCACAUUCGUGCAGGAGGAACGCAUCUACUACGAUCCGGAGACUAGCGAUCAUGUGUCGAAGUCAAUGUCCAACACCUCAACGGCUAGUGGCAUAUUGCGCCAGCGCAUGUUGAAGGCGCGCAGCAUGGAACGGGAUGCAGGUCACGAACCGCCAAAGCUCUCCCCAAUACUGCGUCGUAGAAGCACAGACGAUCCGUGCUAUAUGUCGGCGCCAACGAGUACCACCGGCAUGCAUUCGACGUCGCCUUCCACAACGUCGCAUAAUCACAUUGUCUCGAUAUUGAAGAAGAAAGACCACAUUGCGGGUGAGUCCAGCUCUGCAUCGAGUAAUGCUUCGCCUGUCACAUUCUCGGCGAAUGUUGUCGACACACCGGCCACAAAGCAGAAACGCGCAGGCAUACUGAAGAAGCGUUCCAGCCUUGAUGAGUCGCGCUGCUAUUCACGCUCUCAUUCGCCGGACGAGCGCAGCAUACUUAUUAAGUCGGCGCGUCGCAAUUCGCUGGAGGAGACUGCGGGCAUACAGCAGCAGCAGCAGCAGCAACAACAACAACAUGGCAUACUUAAGCAGAGCAGCUAUGAGAGCAGCAAAAGCGAUGGCUGUCCCUCGGCCACUGAACCACAUCCGCAUGGCAUAUUGAAGAAGAAAGAUUCUACCUCGACACCUUCCGAUGGGGGUAGCCAUGCCCCCAAACACGUCUCGAUCUCACAAGCUGUACAAAUGGCGGCCGCUGAGCUGUAUCGUGAAACAGCCGAUAACCAAUUGGCCGCCGGCGGUGAACACGAAGAGAGCGGCUAUACGCCCAGCAAUGAGGAAUAUGAAAUCCGCCCAAUACUCAAGCUCGAAAGCGCAUCCAGCGAUGAUGCUAUGCGUCCACCUAAGCCAAUAUUGAAGAAGAAGUCCUCCGGUGAUUCGGACGAAUAUGAAAUACGUCCCAUUUUGAAGACAUCGCGAAAGAGUAGCCGCGAGGAAUUCGAUUUGGGCGGUUCGUUGAGUGAAGAUGGCCGUCAUUAUAGCGAGCCACCACCACCGACAGUACGUCCAAUACUCAAGACUGACUCACCAUCAAAACGACGUUCAUUGGGCGGUGAAGAGCUGGAACAGCAAGCGAGCGGUGUUGAAAAUGCAAGCGAAUCGCCGCCAAGCUUACUGAAACGUCGCACACGUUCUUUGGAACGACAGGAACCACCUGUGGUGGACUUGGCAGCGGCGUUGAACGCUAUUGCCACUUCACAAGCUGCGCCGGUGGACUUUGUAUCAUCGCCAAUUACAACUGGUGGCAACAUUUCGGUCGCCGAGCGUAUUAAAAAUAUGGAAAAGUUCCUAAACAGCAAUGGUGUUUCACCCGCUAUACCGGCGGAUGCGAGCUCUAGUUGGGAAUCACCUCUGCAGGCGGGUAUGACUCCGCGAUUGCUCAAGCCGAGCGCCAUCAGACGAGACAUGUACCGCGAUCGUUAUAAGACGCAGCCGGUGACGAACGACGAGAAGAUGCUGUAAGUACACACAUAGUAUAUUUGAAAAAAAUUUAAAUAGAUAAUGUUAUUUUUAAACAAUCCCAGAAGUGAUUAUCGGCUCAUGAUUAUAACUAAGUACAUGUCGCUCGUUUGAUAGAAAAACGUCAACUCCGAAGA